AGCAACCACCAACGAUGGCCAUUUUGUGGCAUGGGUAUUUGUUUACAGGAAAUCCUAGUGACCUAUCUGCCACCUUGACUGGUGUAAUGAUGAAAAUCACAGGAAGUUGCACUCCGAGGGGAGAAAAGAAUUAUGUGACUGAUCUGCAUAUUUUUCUUCAAGGAUGACAAUGGUACUAUGAAGUCUUCACUUUAGUAAAAAUUUGGUUUCGACGGGGUAUAUUAUAUAGUUACCAACGCUGCAGCAAGAUGCAUGCUCGUGCGUUGUUCUGUAUUGCUUUCAUUGCUGUGAUGAGGCUGGGGUACGCUGCAGUCACGGCCCCGCCGCGGCCGCCGACUCAAACUCCAUCGACGACAGUCCACACUACACCAGAGCUGCAGACAGUGGCUUGCCCAGAUGAUAUACUGGCGCACUCAUCCACUGGGGAUCCAGUGGUGCUGGACUGGCCACCGCCAAAUGCACCGAGUGGUCUGGACACUGUGACCGGCACACACAACCCAGGGGAUAGCUUCAGGGUAGGAUCGACAAUAGUUCUUUACGUCUUCAGCGAUAGCUUGGGAUCCCGUCAGGAAAGCUGCACCUUCAACGUGACAGUAUUAAUCGGUGAUGCCCCUCCAGUGAUCACGUGCCCAACUAAUGUAACUGCCUUAGCCGAUGCUGGUACGCAACAGACACCAGUUACUUGGGACGACGUCCCUGCCUCGCAGGCUGAGGUCCGCUUGUGGAAUCGAAACUAUAACCCUGGUGACAUGUUUCCCCUGGGAGUCACCGUGGUCAUCUACCAGUGGCAAAGACAUUCUGAAAUUGCAGGAGAAUUUUUCACUUGUUCUUUUACUGUAACAGUUGAGACACAAGAGCUGCAGACAGUGGCUUGCCCAGACAAUAUACUGGCGCACUCAGACACAGGGGAUCCAGUGACGCUGUUCUGGACACCGCCAACUGCACCGAGCGAUCUGGACCGUGUGAUCAGCACACACAACCCAGGGGAUAGCUUCGUGGUAGGACAGACAACAGUUCAGUACACCUUCAGCAAAAGGGAAAGCCGUCAUGAAAGCUGCACCUUCAACGUGACAGUAUUAAUCGGUGAUGCCCCUCCAGUGAUCACGUGCCCAAAUGACGUAACUGCCUUAGCCGAUGCUGGUACGCUACGGAAAUCAGUCACUUGGCCUGAUGUCCCUGAGCAACAGGCCGAGUUCCGCUUGUCGUAUCAAAACUAUCAACCUGGGGAUGUGUUUGUCCUCGGAGUCACUGUGGUCGCCUACCAGUGGCAAAGACAAUCUCAAGAAGAAUAUUUCACUUGUUCUUUUACAGUAACAGUUGACACGCGAGUAAAGUGCCCUGAGGACGUCGUGGCGUACACAGCUCAGGAAGCCACGACUGUGACAUGGACACCACCAUCGGCACCAGAGUCAACCGGAGACGUCAGCACUACUAGUACGCUCAGCCCUGGGGACGUCUUUCCAAUCGGCCCAACAGUGGUGCGCUAUGAUUUUGUUGGUCAAUCAUUAGGAAUUCCACAAACGUGUAACUUCACAGUUGAGGUCAUAUUUGAUGAUGUUCUGCCUAUAGUAAUCUGCCCAGAUAACAUCACAGGAGUGGCCCCCCAGGGCGCGGAAGGGCGGCCGACAAGUUGGGAAGAGCCUGAAGCAUCGGACGACUCAGAGGGCGUCCGUCUGAGGAAUCAGAGCCAUCGAUCCGGUCAGAUUUUCCCCCUUGGAACAACCGUGGUCACCUACGAGUUUGAGGAUUUGGCAGGCAACGUUGGAAGAUGCUCCUUCAGAAUCACAGUGGAAGAAGAGUAUGUUGAGCCUAUCACUGUGACAAACUGCCCAGUGGCGGGCUUCAAUUUGAGCGUUGAAUACAUCCGAGGAACGCCAGGCAACCGAUUGGGGAUAAUAAGUCCUAGAGCCGAGGGACCGAGGACAUAUGAAACACGGGUGCCUGGCUAUGAGAGAUAUUUCGAUGUUGGUGUCACCCCAGUUGUGUAUACAUUUACUGACGUGUCCAAUCCAAGGAACACUGCAAAGUGCGCUUUCAAUCUCACCAUCAUUCCACAAUGUGGCAAUCCUGAUCACACCCUGUGCGACGGUGGAUCACAGACUACCGGCGAUGUUUGCAAACCAACGUCAACGUUGUCUCUUUGCGAGUCUGAGGGGAGCGGAUAUUCAGAAAGUACAAGUUACGAGGAAAGUCAAGGCUUCUCCGGUGCCAACUGUGAAGAUAAGAUCUGUGGGGAUGUGGGCCUGCUGGAUUCCUGCACAGACUCCCACGAGUGGCAAGAUGCCAUGGCAACGGAUUACCCAGAAGGCGACAUCGGUUUCGUUUCUAGAUUUGCGGUGCCAGCGAUCAGUCAGGAUUCAAUUCAUCUAACUGCGGUACGCGUUGCGUGGGGCCAAUUUGAUGAGUUGUAUUCACCGGAAAUAACUGGCAAUAGACGGGGUGUCUUCAUCUUUGUGGACAUAUCCACACCCUUAAGGAAAUCUGUAGAAAACUUUUGGGUCUACCCUGGACUGACCACUCCAGAAACGGCAGAGGUCACCCUCCAAGUCCCGCAUUCCGUCCAGCCCGGUGAUAUCAUCGCGAUAACGGUGGGUUACGUGGAGAACAGAUGGUACCCGUGUUAUGAUCCUCGGCCCAUUCAGAGCAGGUGCACAGACUGUCUGUCCAUUCAGUUUAGAACCCUGGCUGCUGAUUGCGAGGUGUCAGACACUUGUCUCCGAGCGUACCAGUGGUGGAAAGGAGUACAGGCACCUGACGGAUCAGACAUGUCGCAAUUCCUUCGACCACCUCCCCUUCCUGGAUAUUUGUCUUGCAUGAUGGAAAACCACGACACAGCCAUAGAAGAAAUCGUUAAACCUUGCUUGUCCCCGGCUGAAUUCCAAUAUGUCAGUCCUGACCAGACAGCGGCCGUAGGAGAGUCAGUGUCCCUGGUCUGCGUGGGAACCGGCCUUGUUCAACCGGUAGUCGAGUGGUAUGACGUUAAUGAUGUCGUUCAAGUCAGGGGAAAUGGUUCUGCAGUACUUCGGGUUUCUGUAGAAUCCACACCACAAAGCUUUCAAUGUUUCCUGGAUCGUUACACUAAGCGAGCUGUCAUGCAUGAGACUGUUACAACUGUUUCUCCAAUAGCUGGUGAAUGCGCAAGUCUAUCUGCAGAGCUUCGCCAAUUCUCCACAGAUGAAUCUGGUUGUUUUUCCCUCUCCAAAAGAAUGGGCUAUGGAAGAUAUGCCUAUUUCUUAACGGAUUGGAUGACGGAAGUGUUCAUUUUCCAGAUCACAGUUUCCUCAUCAGUGCUGCGUGGAGAACUUGUCAACCAAUACGGGAAGGAUGCUGUACCCGAUGUCGUAUCCGUUGUUCUGGAAAUGAGUCCUGAUUACUCGUUGCCUCAACGUAAACGACGAGGAGCCCGUAGACCAGUCCUUGAAAUGUACAGACGGCAAUACGACUCGAUGUACGUUCCCAACGAUCCCGCGACCAUCCUGAAAUUUGACCUGACGCCCCCGCUUCGGGCCAACGCUAGCUUCGGAUGGGCCGUUUUUUUCUCUGUUCCCAAUUUGCGACGCUAUGGUGGGAGAAGAGGGGAGGAAAUUGGUCAACCGCCACUAGCAGUGGCACUAAACUGCUCAAAAAGCACCAGUCCGGCCUGCACAGAUGAUCUCGUAGCCCCAUGGUCAAACGAACUGCAGCGCUACGACCAGGCAGGCUGCGACACUGACCGCAGUAACCGGUCACUUCACGAAGCCUUCAGAAUCUGCAGAAAUAUCUCUGUGGCUGAUCCCCAGAUUGUAGUGUCUCCCUCAUCAGCCGAUGUGACGGGCAUUGGGGAGGAGGAGCCUGCAACGGUUACCUUUGACUGCUACAUUGAGAAUGCAGUGGAGUAUCGGUGGUACAAGACGGCACCAGCCCCUUCUGAGACUUUCAUCCGGACCGGGAACCAGCUGGUGUUCCAGGGUUUUUUACAAUCCCGAGACCAAGGCGCUUACGUCUGUGAGGGCAUCCCGGGCAAAUCUCUUGAGAACGAGAACGUGCCCAAAGUGCGGACGGAACCCGCAACGUUGACUCUAACAGAAGUAACAACUUUCAAGGUGACAAUGAAGCUACUCAACCCUACCUACACGGAGGACUUGGCAGUUACAGACAGCGAAGACUUUAGGAACCUCCAAUCGGAACUGGAACGAAGUUUUUGGUAUCCUGUUACCGGAAACCUGCAAGAAGAAAUGGGCAGGGAAUACGGCAUCGAGUUUGAAAUUCUUGCGUUCAGGAGGGGCAGUAUCGUCGCCGAAGUUGUGGUUUUCUUUCGCCGAUUUAGAUUCAGAGGGGAAUGCGAAGGGCCGUGCACUUUGACCGAGCCCACUGGAGAUUUAGCACUCCAGGAGCGGUUGACAGCAGCGAUCCAGGAAAGACCAGAAACAUCUGAGCUCAUGGUGGAAUCUGAGAGCAUCAAUGUUGUCAAUUUAGUGUCUUGCCUGCAAGAGGUAUACCUUGAAGGAAAUCUGACGUUCCCACAAACCAGACUUGGACAGACGGCGCAAUCGCUGAACCUCUGCCCCCAUUUCACAACCCGAGCGGGAAUGCCCCGUGCCACUAGAGACUGCGUCGGUGACUUCACAUCUCAACCGCAGUGGAAGGAGCCGGUCAUUCUCAAAUGCUUCGAGGGAGACGUCACUGAAAACCUUGAUGAGCUUGCAAAUAUGCCAGUGACUUCUGAGAAUGCUGAGGAAGUAGCCCAAGAGACAGCAUCCCUGACAUCCAACGCCAGCGCCAUCAGUCCCAUGGCAUUAACGUCUGUCGCUGGAAUUCUGAAGAAUCUAGUGGAUGCCAACAACACUUCCCCAGAGGUUGCCGUGCAAAUCGUCGAGAUAGUCAACAACGUCCUCCAAAUUGACGACGAAGCCAUCUUGGAUGAGGCAAGCCGUGACAACUCUCCGUCUCUCAUCGUGCUGUCCCUGGAGUCGUUCGUCACAGCGUUGCAUAACAGCGGGGCCGGUAACUUCACCGAGGUACAGAGCAGCGUUGCCGUCCAGGCCCUCUCCCUUCCCCGUCGAGCCCUGUCCAAUGGCCUGGGCUUUGCGUCUUCCCUCGGGGACCCGGGAACCAACGAUCUAACUGACAAUCAGACCUAUGUGUUCACCAAAGAAGAUCCACCAAUGGAAACAGAAGCCUCGAUUUUCCUUCCUGCUGAAAUUCUCGACAAAAUUCCUAAAACAGGCGAUAGUGAACAAGUUCCGAUAAGUUUCUUCCUGUAUCAGAACAGCAGGCUGUUUCGUUCUCCCACGUUGAACGAAGUGACGAGGCCCGAGGACAGAGUGAGGCGGGCUGUAGGGAGCCGCGUCAUUGCUGCAACUGUGGAGGGCGUAAAAAUUGACAACCUGCGAAUGCCCGUUUCAAGUGUCUUCAGUCUGCUCAAUGCGAGCGGUGAAAAUGAGACGGUCGGCAGUGCGGAGUGCGUUUUCUGGGAUUUCACUCUGAAUAACGGGUACGGCGAUUGGUCCACUGAGGGAUGCAGGAACGAAUCCCUGCCCAAUGGCGUCAUCCGGUGUCUGUGUGACCACCUAACCAGCUUUGCUGUUAUUGUGGACAUUCAUGGGCAACAGGACAGCGUCUUUUUGGAUGUCAUAAGCAAGAUUGGCUGUGCCGUAUCUGUGGUGGCUCUGAUAAUCACUCUGGUCACAUAUCUGUACAGCAAGAAAAUUCGGACUAAGCGUCCCCAGCAGAUCCUGAUCAGCCUGUGCUUUGCCCUGCUGGGUCUCUACUUCAUGUUCUUGGUGGGUAUCGAGGCAACAGCUUCCCGGGGAGGCUGCACCUUUGUGGCAGUUUCGAUCCACUACUUCACCUUGGCGUCCAUUGCCUGGAUGGCCGUGGAAGCCACCAAUAUGUAUCUUCUCUUUGUCCGUGUGCUCAACGCCAACGUCAGUCACUUCCUGCUCAAGGCCUCCAUCGCAGCCUGGGGUCUUCCAUUGGUGAUUGUCGUCAUUAUUCUAGCUGCUGAUUACACCCAGUAUGAGCACCCGAAUUACUGCUUCCUGAAGCCUGGUAAUGCCAUUUACUACGGCCAGAUACUUCCAAUUGGCUUGGUGCUCCUCUUCAACUUUGUCAUUUUUACGCUGGUGACCCGCAAGCUGACCUGCGCCCGCAAGACCAUCGGGAGUUCCUCGGACAAGAGCCACCGGCAGGAGAGGCUGCGCCGGCUCCAGAAUGCCGUGGCCAUCUCGGUCCUCCUGGGCCUGACCUGGGUCUUCGGGCUUCUCUCGGUCAUCCAGGCUGCCAGCUUUGCCUUCCAGGUCCUCUUCGCCAUCUGCAACUCUCUACAGGGGCUGAUGAUCUUCGUCCUGUUCUGCGCCAGACAGAAAGAGGUGCACCAGGUCUGGAGGGAAAUGUUCCCAUGCAAGAGGGAUGCCCAACGCCGUGGAGCGGUGUCCGGGACCGGUCUUGAUUCCAGUACCCGAGGCGGCAUCCCGCUGUCCAGUAAGGGUACAAAGACCACCGAUUUCAGCGAAGCAAGUCAGACUCAAUCCUAGUCUUUUCCCCUAGUCUUUCUGUCAGAGCCCACUAAUUACAUCCCUGUGAAUUUUCUAUUUCUUGAGACCUGAAGGGAAAUCUUGUAACUACAGGAAAACACAAGCCAAUUCUUAGAGCCGUUGAUGAUAUUCCCAUUCACAAUAGAUUUUCCAGUUAGUGCUGAGCAGAAAUAGUAGUUGUGCUGACUGAUUUAAUAUUAUACUUAGCUGGGAGUCAGGUUUGACUGUUUCCAGUCUAAUCUUACUACUUUGUUUAAAAUCAAAUAAGUCAAAGUUGUUUUGAAUAUUUUAAAAAAAAUUUAGAGGGUAGGGAGGGAGUUGAGUUUGGAAACUCUCAUAUAUCUCUUCUUCAGAAUAAAAAAGUUGUUGAGUGUUCAGGAAUUGUUUGGAAUGGUCAGCAUAGCAGGGAAGAGCUUAGUUAGAGUUGAUGCAGUCAUUAUAAUUAUGUACUGCGUUUAAACACAAGGUAAGUACCAGAUUAACAUAUUAACCGCUAACAGUAUAUAUUAAGUUUGGUUUUAGUCAGUUUGCAUUAAUGUUCCACAAUAUCAUGUUUUGUACAGACUAACAGAACUAACAGAAUUUUGUUCGACUUUCUAUACUUUUUACAAAUGUGUAACUUAAAGUAAUCAUUACUCGGGUAAUUAAACUAAUGAAAAUAAUGAAAAGUUUGCUUUGUAGUUUUAAAAUAUGUUUAUGUAUUUUACACACAAUGAAAUAUUUAGUUGAUUUGUUGGUGCGGGAUUGGAACCUGCGACCUCUGGGUACUUUUGCUCGUUGCGAAAAUGUAAUGGGAAAUGUGGCAGAAUAUCUUAAAUGUGUCUUUCUUAGUGUCAGGGUUGGCUGAUUCAAAUCAUAGAUUUAAAUCACUGAUUUACAUCGUGAUUUGAAUCAAACAGUUGUUUUUUAAUCAGUGAUUUUAAUCACUUUUUUGAAAAAAAUCUUAUUUUUGGCGAAAUAAAUUGACUGAGAGUCAUUUGAAUCAUUUAUAUCAACUGAUGCCACUUACUGACAAAGUGUAAGAUGAUGUUAACACAUUCAAACACCGCUUCUUCAUCAGCAUUGACUCAACUUACAUGUAGCUUUUCCAUAAUUACCCAAGAUAAAAUUAAUAGUGUAAAUACAAAUGUACAUCAUGUUUAUUACAGGAAACUAUAUUGUUUGUUUUCUUCUUUAUUUCAUUUUGUAUGUGGAUUUCCCAUCAAAAGCAAUAAACAUUGUUUCCAGAAUGAAAUUUCAACUGAAAUAUAAAAUACUUUGUUAUUGUUAAUGGUCGAAAAACAUUUUUGAAUUAUAACAUACACUUGAUGUUACUGGAUACUGUAGGGCUUUUAAAAAAAAAUAACAUACACUUGGUGUCAACUGAUACUUUAGGGCAGCGGUUGUCGCUAAUGUGCAACAUUUGCGACUGUGAAAAAAAGUAUGUUGCUUAGAAGGUUAUUGGGCCCCAUUUUAUCAAUUUUUCACCCCCACCCCAAAUGGUGGUCAUUAAACUUAAAAACUAAAGGGAUACAAAUCUCACGGCCCACUGUCUAUAAGUGUUUUUCUUGUUGGUGUUGUCGUCCCUAAACAAUCUAAAGGUGUAACCCUAACUCCCUAGGGGGUGUGCAAAAUCGUAUUAAAAUUGGAGGAUUCAGGACUGUUAGGGCUCCAAAUUGAGAGUCUCACUUCUAACUUUUCUGCAUAAACAUUUAGAUUUAAAUUUAUGUAAAUGUAAUACGUUUGAAGGUGCAAGGCAGAAUUGCAUCAGAUAACAUUCUCUGCCUUGUGUGAAGGACCAUCAAUCAAACAUUCUUUCACAAGGCUCGGUGAUGUCGUUUUUAAAUUCGAAGCAUUUUGAUGAAAAACGGUACACAUGCCCAGGGAGAACUGCACUGGUACAUGUUUUUUUUUUUGGCAUACCAUGUACCAUAACUGACAUAUUUUUCAUUCAUAUCCACACACAAUGUAUCUGGACCGUAUCAAUCAAGCCAUGCACCUUUAAAGUGUCUUCAGUAUUGGUGUGUCCUUGUACCAAUGAGAUUGACUAGGAAAUACAAGUGAAUGAAAUGAAGUCAUGCUUAUUUGUGAAUCACUGGUACAGUGCAUAUUUAUUUUUUUUUCAAAAGCAUUUAUCAAUGUUAAUUUUUGUUCGGAAAUUUCUGAAUACUGAAUUGAGUUUUGCGGAGCCUGGAAACUCCUUGCUGUUCAGUGCCGAUGGCUGUAAGGGUACGAGUGUGUGUGACGAUUUAGAAAAACUUUUAGACAAUUCAGUAUUUUGAAAGUAAAAAAAACCGAAUUAUAUUAAAAAAAAAAUUCAGAUUUUUUUUUUCAUCAAAUCAGAUUGUUUGGAAUAUUUUGUAAAUAUAUUAAAAAAAAAAUUAUAAUUUGCCGAGCCUGGUUAGUGUUGUAUAUACCUUUGUUUGUUUAGUGCAAAUUAGGUAUGGUAGGUGCUUUGCUAUCGGGAACAAUGCAGCUGUUAAUCUCAAUUCGAUUUCCUUUUAUAAUUAUUGUGUGAGAGUCUAUUGUAAUCAUGGAUGAUGGGUGUUAUAGGGACCUGAAAACUCCUUGUUGGUUGGUGUUAGGGUGUGUGGGAAAAUGUAGACAAUUUUCUUUGGCAAAUCAAUAUGUUGAAAGUUAAAUAAAAAAUUAUGUUGAAAGUUAAAAAAAAAUUAAGUAAAAAAAAAAUCUGAUUUAAAUUGUCUUAUAUCAGAUUAUUUUGAACUUUUUGUACAUAAAAAAGACGAAAAUCGCCAAGCCUUUAGCUUGUUAGUGUUGUAUAUGCCUUUGUUUUUAAGAGCAAAGUUGGGUAUGGCAGGCGCUUUGCAAUCGGGAAAAGUGCAGUUGUUAAUCUCAAAUCGCUUUACAUUUAUUAUGUGAAUGUCUAUCAUAUCAUGUUGAUUGCUUCUUAUAAUUUUAGAAAAUAACUUACUCCUCUAUCGGCAAGUGUAAACUAUUAACUACAAUUUGGACUUUUUUUCACGUUCGUGAACGUACAACUCUAUACAUGUACUGAUAUACGCCUACCACAUUUAGGGGUCUAUGAAAUAAAGUUGAGUAUUUCGUUGCAGAUACAUACUUUCUAUAAAUAGUUGUGCAUGAAACAAAUGGGGUACCCUUUUGUGCCUCAAAUUUGUAUUUUAUUUGCAAUAAAAUUUCUUGGCAAUGAGUUACUAA